AAAUCGUACUAGCCCGCUUGAGGGUAGCGCGAGUGUGGUCCGACUCUCUGGUGUGGUUUCUGUUCUCGAAUCCUCUAUGAGCUCUUGCACUCUCAAAGCUCUUCGAAUCUAGGGUUUCUAGCUGACGAUUGAGGGCGAGGUUUCCUCUGCAGAAGCAUGGAAGCCGUCGUGGUCGACGCUGGCUCGAAGCUCCUCAAGGCAGGAUUCGCAAUUCCAGACCAGGCUCCCUCCAUGAUGAAAGCAUUUAAAGAUAGAAAUGGCAUGCAGAUAAUUCCAACCCAAAUGAAAGGCAUGCCUGAAGAUGGAUCACUGACUGACAGUUCAUUGUUUGAGGAUGUUACUGUUGAUCCAGUUGUGCGAGGUUUUAUUAGAGACUGGGAUGCCAUUGAAGAUUUGAUGCACCAUGUUCUAUACUCUGGUCUUGGUUGGGAAAUGGGCAAUGAGGGACAAAUUUUAUUCACAGAUCCACUUUCAACUCCCAAGGCUGUUAGAGAGCAGUUGGUGCAAAUGAUGUUUGAGACUUUUAACAUCUCCGGUUUUUAUGCAUCUGAGCAAGCAGUGUUAUCACUAUAUGCUGUAGGGCGUAUCUCGGGCUGUACUGUUGAUAUUGGUCAUGGGAAGAUAGAUAUUGCGCCUGUAAUUGAAGGUGCAGUUCAGCAGAUUGCAUCAAGAAGAUUUGAAAUUGGCGGUAUUGAGUUGACAAAGUUGUUCGCUCAGGAACUUGGUAAAUCAAAUCCAUUGGAUAAUCUGGAUCUCUCUGAUGUUGAGAGAUUAAAAGAGCAAUAUUCAUGUUGUGCUGAAGAUGAAGCUGCUUAUGAGAAGUUGCAACAAUCAUGCCACAUUGAGCAGCACACCCUUCCUGAUGGACAGGUGAUUUCAGUUGGAAAAGAAAGAUACACUGUUGGUGAGGCUUUAUUCCAGCCAUCUAUAUUGGGUUUAGAGGCACAUGGAAUUGUCGAGCAGCUUGUUCAUAGUAUAUCAACUGUGUCAUCUGAAAAUCACCGGCAGCUGCUGGAAAAUACUGUACUUUGUGGUGGCACUGCUUCUAUGGCUGGUUUUGAAGAUAGGUUCCAAAAAGAAGCAGGCUUGUGCUCGUCAGCUAUUCGUCCUUCUCUAAUAAAGCCUCCAGAAUAUAUGCCAGAGAACUUAAUAAAAUAUUCAGCUUGGGUUGGAGGUGCCAUCCUUGCCAAAGUUGUGUUCCCACAAAAUCAGCACCUGACUAAGGCGGACUACGAUGAAAAUGGACCUUCCAUUGUUCACAGGAAAUGCUUCUGACUAAUUAUCCUACUUGUACUAUAGUCUAUGAUUGUAUAGUAGCAGUAGACAUAAAUACAGAAACGAAGUAGCUCUGUAACUUAUGUGAUCUGUAGAAAGAUGCCUGAAUAAUAUAUGCAGUAUGCCGAAAUUCAUGUACCUUUUCACA